GUGGAUUGGUACGCAGGAUAUGAGCAGUUUGUCAAGCGCAACCUGACUCUGCUCCCCCAUCAGCAAGCAGCGCAGCAGCAGGACGAGCAGUCUCAGCAGCUGGCUCAAGCACAGCAGACCGACAUAAUGACAUCUAUGUUCGAGCAACAGAUCAAGAGUGAGCCCAUGGGGUUCUACUCUGUUGCCUCCAGUCGUUCGGACGGAUCCAACUCAAUGGUGAAUCUGUCUGACGACAGGGAGGACCUCUCCCAGCAGGAGGGUCAUCUGCAGCCGCAGCAGCAGCAGCAGACGUUGCAGCUGAACCAGCAGCAACCAACUCAGCAGCAGGUUCAGCAGCAGAAUCAACAACAGACGCAACAGAGUCAACAACAACAACAACAACAACAACAACAACAACAACAACAACAACAACAGCAACAGCAACAGCAGCAGAGUCAGGGUAUGCAGCAGGAAGCACCCAGUCGUCAAUCUACAGGGCAGCAAACCGUGAAAGAAGGCUCUCGGUCCAAGCCACAACCGUGCAAGGUAUGCGGCAAGGUGUUGUCCUCAGCCUCGUCCUACUACGUGCACAUGAAACUCCAUUCGGGCAACAAGCCCUACCAUUGUACAGUAUGCGAGGCGAGUUUUUGCCGCAAACCUUAUCUGGAAGUGCACAUGAGGACGCACACGGGCGAGCGACCCUUCCAAUGUGAGCUGUGUUUGAAAAGGUUUACUCAGAAGAGCAGUCUCAAUACUCAUAAACGGGUGCACACGGGGGAACGGCCGUACGCAUGCGACAUUUGUCAGAAGCGCUUCGCCGUCAAGAGCUACGUCACCGCGCACCGUUGGAGCCACGUGGCGGAGAAACCGUUGGUCUGCGACCGAUGUUCCCUCACGUUCACGUCCAAGAGCCAAUUUGCGAUUCACAUUCGUACACACACCCCCCCCGCCAGUACCACUUACGAGUGCAAUAUCUGCGGACGUACAUUCGUACGCGACAGUUAUCUAAUACGGCAUCAGAAUCGAGUACAUCGCGACAUGAACCAGAGUAACACGAAUCACAAUCCGCCGACGCCACAGAGCACCGGCGGCGGAGGUGGCGGCGGGGGCGGCGGCGGCGGCGGCGGCGGUGGCGGCGGUGGUGGUGGUGGUGGUGGCGGCGGCACACCGGGCACCGGUUUCGAGAGUCCGGUCUGUGACCUGCGCUACAGCGAAGGACCAUCGUCGUUGGACGGCCUCGCGGGAGGCAAAGGCGGCAUCGCCGCGGAGAUCGCCAGUUUAGCCAAGCAGAACAAUCUGCAGCUUCCUCUACCGCUGCUGCAUCCGCAGACCACCAACUAGUGUUUAGACGGCAGCAGUGCCUCCCAGUCCCUGCCGUCGCAUCAGUCACCGCAGCAAGUAUGUUAAACCAGGAGCAGCAGUAGGAGCAAUAUAUGGUAGUUGCAC